UUAAAUUAAUCCGUCAAAUAAAAACGCAUUUUAAAUUCAAACAUUCAAACUGAACCGUUCUUCGUUUUAAAUCAGAGUGGAGUGGACUCCCCUUACGUUAUACUUGGACCAAUCCAUCCGUUCCUCUUACCUCUCCAACACACUGAAACGACUCGCGUCUGUUCGCGUUCUGCGUUCUGCUCUCUGCUUGCUUCAAACUUGCUGUCAUUUCUGUUUGUAGCGUAGUCAGUGCCAGUCGCUGUCGUGUUCGUCUACGACUUUCGAAUUAUUUACGUUUAGUUUAGGUGAACUUAAUCGUUUAUGGAUUUUUUUAUCGAAGAAAUUAAGGAUUAUUUUAGUGUUGUUCGAUCAGAGCAGUGAUUCUAAAUCAUCGUUCGCGCGUAAUCAGUGCAAAACUUAUCAAAUCGUCUGAAUUUUUAGUGUAAUAUUGGUUGCAUAAUAUCAAACGUAAACAAAAAUGAGUACAAGUUUAUAUUGCAAUCCUCUUGGACAUUUCCUGUCGAAAACAGGCCCACAGUUUAAGCCAGAAACACGUAAAGUUAAAAGAUCUUUAUUCGGACCUAUAGACCAUGUCUCUAGUCAAAAAUUUCUGGAAGAAGAGUUGGAAAGAAUUCGAACGACACAGUCGGAAAAAUGGAAUUUCGACUUUCAACAUGAGGUACCUCUAAGCCAAAGAGGCGGUUUCCAAUGGAAAUCGGUCGCACCCAUUAAAAUUAAACCUAGAAAACGUCCAAUCAAUGACUUUGAAGGUCAAGACUUGUAUGCAAUACCCGAUGACGUUAUAAGACCUACUCCUAUUAGAUUUAUGCAGGAGAAAGAGGAGGUGACGUCAUCGCAAAAAUCACAUCAAAAUUCAAAACCGCAACGGCUCAUUACCGAUUUCAUGCCUGUCAAAAAGAGAUCAUCAUCAGAUUGUUCAAAAAAAAUAGCGUCAAUAGAGAGACCGUCGAAGCUGCCCAGGCUGUCAGAAUUAAGUAGUUAGAGACAUCCCUUAUAUGAAUAUACGGGAUGUCUUUUCAGUACUACUCCCCUACCCCCCCACCUUCUUCCACAUUGUUCAAAUUUCGAUCUCGAAGAAAAUUCUAUUAUUAAUUAUGUAAAGUACAAUUUAAGUUUUGUUUCAAGAAAUUUAAUUAAUUUUAAGUUUAUUUUUUUGUACAGUUUAAGUACUAUAUAUUGUUUGUCUUUUUAUAGACUAUAUGUAUUUAUUUUUUAAACUAGAGUUUUUUCUUUCUUUUGAUCUCCGAAAAUCUUUCCAUUUUGUUGCUGGGUUACUUUCGUGGAGGCGCCAAAAAGUAAAUUUGUUGAAAAAAUAACUUAUCUGUAUCUGAAUUGAACUAAUCAUUUAAGAUUCCAUUUUCCUCUUAUAUAUACUCACAAUAUUCCAGUUAAAGAGAAAAUAUAAAUCUAUAUCUAUCCGAUAAUGAAAUUUUAUAAUUUUAAAGCUCUUUAGAAGUUCAUUUGAGUCCAAAGAAAUUACGAUAUUUCUAUGGAAACAUUCACAUCAAAAUUUCCUAGAUUUUGUUUUUAAAAUACGCCAACAAUUUAAAUCUAUUAAAGAAAUUACAUAUAAAAAAAUAAAUAUCACUUUUUCUGCAUAGAAAGUGAAAUAAACAAUUUGACGCUUUUUUAGUAACAAAUGAUACUUCUUUUGACACAAUGUAUAUAUAAAAAUUUAGCUUGCUGUGAAUGUUUCCAUAAUUUUGCCAUAUUUUCGUCUAAUUUCCUCAGACUAUAAAAAUACGAUCGUAGAUUUAUAUCUUAUCUUUAUGGGGGAAGCGGAUUCUUGAAGAUUUCAAAAAUGUUUUUCUCAAAAUUAACAUGAAACUCUUGAAAAUCCAACAAACAAUAAUUUUAUUAACUCUGUAUUAUAUUUUUGUUAAUUUAAACACAUUAAGCACGAAUUUAUUUUUCUGGAUUCCUUUAUAUCAGCACAAAAAUACGUGACUUCAUCUUCGAAAAAAUAUCACUUGAAAAACCUUGAAUUUUGAACAAAAACCUAUUUAGUAUGUGUGUCAAAAUGCAAAUCGAUACCAGACUUUACAUAAUAUGUUACUACUUUUAAAUUAUUGUAUUUCCGGGUUAGAUACAUACAAACUUGACAAUGAUUUUUUAAACGGUUAAUUGUACGUUAUACAGGGUGUCUCAAAGUGAUGGCGCACAGUGGAAAAAAGGCGAAAAUUUGUGUAUAGAAUUAAAAGAAAUUGAAACUUAAUUUUGAAUCUCUAUUAAACUUUUUGAGACAGCCUACUACUUUUACCCAGUGAUUCUACAUCACAUUACAUAGCACAUUGUUUUAUAGAACAUAUUUUCUACCUCAUAAUAUACAGUGUAUUUUAGUAUUACACAAAAUAUCGAGUGUAUUGUUCAGUUGGUAAUACAUUUUUGAAUAAUUGCUGUUGAAAAAUGUGCAAUCUUACUUUGUAAAUAAAAAACAUCGACAGAUUAUUCAAAAAUGGACAUUUCAAGUGAUAUUUUGGGUUAAAAAGACAUGUUUUUGCUACUACAUUCUGGUUGAAGAGAUUGUUUGGAUUUUUGAAAUUUAUUUUGAAAAUCAAACCAGUUAGUGUAUACAGGGUGAUUCAUAAGAAAUAGGUAAUAUUUUACUUGUCGAUUCUAUAUAGUUUAAUAACUGAGGAUCAAAUAAAUUUAUUUGUAAAAAAACUGAAAUAUAGCAACAUUACUAAAUUAUUUUAAUAACUUUAACUCCCUGUUUCUCAACAAGUAUUAAAAUUUGACCUCCAGUUAUUCGCAAAAAAAAUUGAUAAAAUAUCACUAAUCCUUAUGAAUCACCCUGUAGAACAUGUGAUAUAAUCGGGUACAAAUCGUAUAUUAAAAGGUUUUCCUUUUUGAUUGAUACGGCGGUGAAAUUUGGAAGAUUUUUUUGUAUUUUUUUUGUAAGGUAAUCAUAAUUCAUUGUCAGUAGCUGACUUUUCGUAUAUUUAAAAAAAAUAGGAGAUUUUAUUUUCUACAAAGAUAUUCAUUGAUUUUCAAAAUCACGCCUUGGUCUGUUUUGUAGUAUUUUUUUUAAUAUUAAUAUCUGUAUAACAGCCCAAAGAAAAUUUAAGUACAAAUUUAGUAAAGAAAAGAGAAAUAAUUAAAAAAAAUUGCAGAAUUAUUUUAUGGCAGCUUUGCCUGCUUGUUUGUCAAGUCACACUCUUUAUUUUGGAAGAAAAGGGCUCUUUUAUUAUGAUUUGAUAAUUUAGAUGUCGAGUUUCGCUGAAAACUGAGCUGGAAGAAAAUUUAAAAAAAAAAUGAAAAAAAAACGAAUUGCUGUUUUAUCGUUGGUAAACAAAUAAUUUUUGUCACUUUUGUCUGAUGAAUUUAUUCAUUUAAAUAAUUAUAACCUCACGUUAUUUCCAUCAAAUUACAAACAAUAAAAUCAGCAAUUUGUUAUAAAAAAAAAACAUGAAAUAUAUAAUGAAAAUUACGUAACCGUGAUCUGUUAAAAGUACUACCGGAGCUUUAAUUUGAAAUAAAAAGAUGAAAAAUAUAUACGGAGUGUUCCAGCUCAGUUGGCCAUUCGUAGGUUAGACUUUUUUGGAGCGACAAACUUCAUUUGCAGGGUUGCAGAUCUCUACAAUUCUGCUCUAUUUAAUUAAGAAAAUUUUGAGAUAUUAAAUACAAUAAUAUAUAUUUUUCGACAUCUGUGAUGUUUAGAAUAUGAUCUCAAAAUAUAAUUUUUUAUAUAUUAAUAUAUGAGCAUAGAACAAUUUUGUAUUGGGAGUGGUUUUGUUGAUAGAAAAUCAGACAUUGUCGUUUUUUGUUCAACAUUGUAAACGUCCAGUACAUAAUUUUGCUAUGCAGAAAAUAAUAUAGAUUUAAUAAAUGUAAAUUUAUUGUAAAAAAUAACAUAUAUGAUGAGCAUUAAAAUAUAGCUUUGUUUUGUUAGUGUA